AAAGAAUCCAAACAUAUUUGGGGAAAAAUCCCCAAUACUGACAACGCUGAUUACAGCUCCAAUACAAAAUAGCAGCACACAAUCAUAAGGAGCCGAAAUAGGGGAGCUAAUAGCCCAGAAACGAUACAAAAAAAAAAAACAAAAUAAACAAUAAAAAUCGAAAAACCCAUACAAAAAAGUCACCAAAAAAAUAUGAGAACUUAUUAUUCGGAGUAAACUAAAGCAGCAGCAGCAGCACAAGGCUAAAAGCACAAAAAACGGGGGGAGCGAGCAUAACAACUAACAUUGAGACGAGAUAAGACAGCUGCCAUCGGGCUCGGCGGACAGACAGGCACGUGUAAUCUUCUAUUUCUGUUCGAGACACAACACAGACAUCAUCAUUCAGCAUCCAACCAUUGUCAAGCAUGGAGGAGACCAAGCAUUAUUUCGAAGGUGUCGAAAAACUGGUGGAAGUGUGGUUUGCAGAUCCCCCCCUCAAUCCAGAUGAUGCUGACCUAAGGAAGAUUACCAAAGAGACCUGGGAUGGUCUGUUGCGAGCGGUCAAAUGUGAAAUUAUUAGCUUCACCAAAAACGAGGAGGUCGAUGCCUAUGUUCUCAGCGAGUCCAGUAUGUUUGUGUCCAAACGAAGAUGGAUUUUGAAGACUUGUGGCACCACAACACCUUUGAACUGUUUAAAACCAAUGAUGAAAUUGGCAGCCGAAAUGGGUUUUGUGGAAAUUACGGAUUUCUUUUAUUCGCGCAAGAACUUUGCCAGGCCAGAAUUGCAGCUACUGCCGCAUAGAUUGUUUUGUGAGGAAGUGAAAUUUUUGGACACCAUAUUCGAUGGCGGUCAUACCUAUUGUUUGGGACAAAUCAACAAAGAUUGUUGGUACCUCUAUACCCUCAGUCAUCCGGAAAGGGAACGAGAUGAUCGGCCGCUCAUUGAAAUACCCAAAGUUGAGAUGAAAGGUUUGUCGGAGCCGGAUCAGACCAUUGAAAUACUAAUGGAAAAGCUAGAUCCUCGCAUUAUGAAAAUAUUCACCAAAGAACUGUGCACGGAUGGCAAGGAUGCCACGGUGAAAAGUAAAAUUAAUGAAAUCCUACCCGAUAUGGUAAUCGAUGAUUUUCUCUUCGAACCCUGUGGCUAUUCCAUGAAUGGCAUUAACGGCCGUGGUGAAUACAUGACCAUACACAUCACACCCGAACAUGAAUUCUCCUAUGUUAGCUUUGAGAGCAACGUCUCCAUGAACAAUUAUACCGAUUUAAUAAAUCGUGUCAUCCAAACAUUUUUGCCAUCGAAAUUUAUUCUCACCAUCUUUGCCAAUAAGUCUUCCGAGGCUUAUGCCACCAUACGGGAAUUGGAGUAUAACGACUAUGGGGUCCAGUGGCAGAGAUCUGAAAUGCAAUGUUGUAACUUCCCCUCCUACAAUCUUUUGUUUGCCACCUAUACUGCAUGUCGAAAUCAAGGUGACGGUGAAGAGGAGAAGGGUGAGGGCAUGAAAUGUUAACGACGAGAGUAAACCUUAUACAAAGAUGCUAUAGCAGAGGAUAUUGUUAGUUACUAAUCUACUACUAUUACUACUACUACUACUAUGUGUAUGUAAUUUUGUUUUUAAUUUUUAAGUUAAUUUUAAAGAAACACAAAAACAAAAAUCAAAUUGUAAUUUUAAAAAACCGAAACUAAGCCGAAUAAAAUGUGACAAAAUUAAAGUCAAACUUUAGCGCAAA